UUCCCUCCACGAGGCGAAAAUCAAGGCGCUCGUGGGUACUUUGCUCCCCAAUAGUUUUCUUCAAAGGGACCAUUCAACGGAAUGAUAAGCGUCAUUUGAUUCCUGAUUUUUAGUUUGAUUUUUUGAUAUAACUCGUUAGACUAUCUCGGUGUAGCUUGAAAAAAGGUUCCAUUGUUAGCCCACUUUCGCUAAUUGUCUAGCAUUUCCCCAUAAAAUUGAGCAUACCAUCGCCUGAACAUCUUAAAUAUACAUAUUUAUCCUCUUUUACAGGGAAUGGUUCAUCGGUGACUAAUUUCUCUGCUUGGUCAGAAAGCAAAAAUAAUUUUUCAAUUGGUGACCAUUCUCCAGUAUGAAUACGACGAAUACAUAUAACGGAUAUGACGGACAGAUGGGACGAUACCACACGUUGCUUCUUAACUCGCUACAAUAACUGAAGUAUAAUAUCCGGUAUUUUAUGACACUGUCAUUUUUUACGACAGGCUAAUUCUUUAUCCAACAUGGAGUUGGUUAGAGUCAUACCAAGUGCAAUCACUGGAUGUGAUCAUCAUUACUUACAUACGGUUCAGAUUUUUUGAUGACGAGUAGAUUGCAUGAGCACGAAGUUGUGGGCAUACAUAUGCAUGUACCAAGGUAUCAAUACAUGAAAUGUAAUAACAUUGUGAUACAUACAUACGUAUGGAUUUGUUCUAAUUGUAGUGAAAUUCAGUAUUCUCACCUGUGUUGCUUGCCUUAUUAGUCAAAUUAUAAUUCUAAUAUUUGUUGAAAUCGUUAAGACUAAUGUUAUUCGGGAAAAAUAAAUAAUUGCGCUACAAAAAUUGCAAGGAUCAUUUUUAAUUCAGAGGCGUCAAAUUUAAAUUAAUAACUGCAUAACAUGGAGGCAGACUUCAACUUACGUUCGAAUUUAGCCCCCAUUGUUGUGGUCGUUUGCCUAACGAGUAUUAUUUGGGGGAUUCAAAAAACACGGUCAAGAUUUUUCAAGGGAAAUGAAACCUGUUCAAUUCCAAGCGUCCCGUAUAAUUUUAGUUUCAUUGGUAAUGGGCUCCAAUUUUCCGUGGAUAUGCCGGGAUUUCUUUCAUCGUGUUAUAAAAAAUAUGGGAUCAUUUUCAAACUUAAAAUUUUUCGAUUUUCCACCGUCAUCAUUUGUGAUCGAGAUCUGGCUGAACUAUUUUACAAGUUUGGAGAGGGCACGCUUUCGCUGUACAAAAAUUUGGGAAAACUCUACUUUGCCGAUGCUUUUUUCCGUCAAAAGAAAGACUUCCCCCGAUAUGCGGAAGUAAUUCGUAAAACUGUGGGAAAUAAGAUUGAACGUUUCCUACCCAAAAUGGUAGAAGAAGCGGAUGUUUUUGUUUCUCGACUUAAACAAUCGCUGAUGGAAAACCAAAAAAUUGAUUUGAACUAUGAGUCCAAUCGAUAUGUCAUUUCAACAAGUUCUCGUUGUUUAACGGAUAUAUCGUUAACGGAUGCAAGUUAUAAGAGCUUUACCCGAUUUGCCAAGCUUCUAAAUACGGCAGUAGUAUCUACAUAUUUUUGCCCAGUUUGGAUUUUAAAGAUCUGCUUUCAGUGGAUACUGAACUAUUUAAAAUCAAACAUAACGAAAGAAAUCACACCAACAAUUGAGAAAUACAGGUCAGGGGAACAAAACUUUGAGCAUUCUCCAUUUUUAAGGCACACCAUCAACACGGCGGAUGGGGGACACAUGAAGAAUUCCGACAUUGGGAACUUUUACGUCGCUUUGUUGUACACAAGUUCUGAAAAUUCAUCCACAACUUUGACUAAUUGUCUCAUCGAUUUACUGUCACAUCCCAAAUUUUGGACUGAGUUCCAGGCCAAAGCAUCCCGUUAUGUUGCAGAAAAAGAUUACUUGGCCAUCGUGGAGGAUCCCUUCAUUCACGCGUGCCUUUUGGAGUCGGCAAGAAUUAGUACGCAAGUUCUGACGAUUGGGAGAUCACCACAGAAAACUGUGCAUCUCGGCAAGUAUGAAAUAGGACCGGAAGUCGAUACGAUAUUUCUGUGCGGGACGUUCCUACAAUUGGAAGGAUCCUCCGCCUCCGAAUCGUACACAAAUCCGAAAGAAUUCAACCCGUACAGAUUUGUGGGGGAAAACGAAACGCUGGAACCCGCAGGACCUCCAAGUCUUACUGCGUGGGGCGGCGGAAGUCAUCUCUGUCCAGGAAAAAAUUUUGCUAUAUGGGAAAUUAAAAUGGCAUUAUGUUUCAUCGCUGCUAAUUUUACAAUCUGUUUAGAUCCCACCGUUAAGAUUGGGGUAGAUUAUUUUGCACCAAAAUCCAUUGUUCGCAAGUGUGCAAAAUUCAUUGUGACAGAGAAAACUGGUUAGGCUAGAUUAAUAUGUAUGUUAAGGGGUAUGUGUAUGUAUACAUAGGUAAUUAAAAAAGUUGACUUAUAUCCUUGUAGACUUAUGAUUGUACCUUCGUGGGCCAACAAGCUGCCUCAG